CGGCGGUCAGGAUGCCAGUGCAAGAAUCACAACACCUGUCGGAAUGCCGGCGCCAGACUCCUAACCACCGUGAUCUGGAAUACCUUGAUAGAAGGACAGUUAGUUCAAACGGGGCCCCUUGCGGAGAAGACAUUCCACAUUAAAGAAGGAAGUCCAGCAACACUAAUAUAUCAGUUUCAGAGAAGUAAUGCCAGGUCUGCAAAGUUUGCGCUAGAUGGUGAAAAAGAUGGAUUAAUUGAUAUUCUCCCUGACGAUGGAUGGCUGCGCACCAUUGGAACGCUUGACUGGGAGAAAAGACCGGUGCACAAAUUGCAGGUGAAAACUGUUGAUUCUGGAGGCUCAGUUGUUGAAGGUCCAUAUGCUGUUACGAUUAUAGUGGAUGAUAUCAAUAACAACGUGCCGGCUUUCAACCAGUCCCAAUAUAAUGCUGAAGUCAGGGAAUUAUCUAGACCAGGAAUAGCAUUUAUCACAGUUUAUGCCACUGACAAAGAUGACCCCUCAACACCCAAUGCCAAACUAGUCUACCAUAUCAUGCAACAGAUACCGGACCCCAAAAAGGUUCUGUUUUUCCAGAUUAACAACAUGACUGGGGAAAUCUCCACCACUAUAAAUGGAAGUCUGAACAUGAAGGCAGGAGAUAAAUUUGAUCUUCUUUUAAGUGUAUCGGACUCAGCGGAGAAACCCUUCACUAAUAAUGCCAAGGUGACGAUCUUAGUAACAGAGAAUCUCUGGAAGAAACCAAAUCCGGUCACUAUAGUGGAAAACUCCACAGCUCCUCAUCCCAUGAAAAUCACCCAGGUCAGGUGGAAUGAUGACAGUGUCAUAUAUGAACUGCACCAACGCGACAAAUUUGAGAGGUUUCCUUUUUCCAUUGAUCAAAAUGGAGAUAUCAAUGUAACUGAGCCGCUGGACAGAGAAGAGCAUGACCAGUAUAUCUUCUAUGCACUGGUAAAAAAUCACAAUGGCAUUUCUGUGGCACUACCCUUAACAAUUGAGGUAAUUGUUGAAGACAUCAAUGACAACCCGCCUGUGUGUCCGGCAGCUGAAACUCCCUUUGAAAUCCAGGAAAUAGAAAGUAUUGGAAGCCAGAUCGGUGACCUUAAGGCCACUGACAAAGAUCUGGGCAGCAACGCUUUGCUUACUUAUACACUUUUGACACAGUGGCCUACAAUACCGACGGACGGGAUGUUUUUAGUCAAUCAGUACAGUGGUUCUAUCCAGUUGAUAGGCCCAGGGCUUAAUAUUCAAGACAACAAUGAAUAUAGAUUGCGAGUGAAUGUUGCGGAUGGAGGGGAGCCUUCUCUGAGCACCAUCUGUUUUGUGACAAUACGUGUAAUUGACAUCAAUGACAAUAUUCCUAUGUUUGAUACAUCUGAUUAUGGGAGCAUAGCCUUGAGAGAAGACACCCCUUUAAACACAUUGGUGAGAGAAAUACAGGCCACUGACGCCGACCAAGCAAAUACUGGAAGCUCUAUGAUUAUUUACCAGAUAACCCAUGGAGAUCCGGGUCACAUGUUUACCAUUGAAACAGAUCCAAAAACAAAUCGAGGAUCUGUCAGAGUGGCUUCUCCACUAGAUUAUGAAGAAUAUAAGCAUCAUUACCUAGUAAUCCAAGCGAGAAAUCCAGAGCCUCUUGUUACAGGCAUCAGCUAUAAUGACAGCUCCGUUACACGCUUAUUGGUUAAUGUCACAGAUGUGGAUGAGAGGCCGGUUUUUUCAAGUUCCACAUAUCAAGCGCAAUUUCGUGAAGACAUUCCAAUAGGAACUAAGAUAAUAUCUAUCGUUGCCUCAGAUCCUGAAGGUGAUCAGAUAAGGUUUUCAUUGAAAGGAAACUCAAGGAAUUGGCUUAGAAUAGAUGAAAUAACUGGGGAUAUAUACACUAAUCUGCAAGUGGACCGUGAGAUACAGAACCACUACCAGGUGGAAGUAAUUGCCAGAGAAUUAAAUAAUCCACAGAUGAGCUCCUCCGUAUAUUUUACUUUGUUUUUGGAUGACGUCAAUGACAAUGCUCCCCGGUUAGCAAAGGACUAUUUUGAUGACUUUUCGUACUGCUAUCCACUAACCAAGCCGGAGUCAUUUGAAUUUCAGGCAACAGACGAUGAUUAUCACCCUGGCGGCCUGGCACUGAAAUUUCAACUUGGCGGUGAUGCAAAUAUAACAAACGAUUGGGAAAUUAUAUAUAUUAACGGUUCCUCCGCUCGUCUGUGUAUGAAGCACUCACAGUUCCCAAAGGCCAAUAUCAAUGUUCCCGUAAUUAUUAGGGAUAAUGGACGACCUCCGAUGGAAGCAACUGUCUAUAUUCUAGUUCGUAUAUGCAGUUGUACGGCUAAAAAUGUGUGUGAGACGGAGCCUCCAGGCAACCAAGGGAAACCGUCCGUUGGAAUGGCUCUCGGGAUCUUAUUUGGAACUUUGGCUGUUAUAGGUAUAAUCAUUGCGGCUGUUUUCAUCUCAAUCAACAAGAAAAAGAAGAAUGUAAACAAGACACCUGCGGGUGAUGCUCUAAAUGCUACGGAGACUGUAAACUUGGGGUUGUAGAAUGGAAAAAGUUGUUGGAAUUUUUCGGAGAUUGUAGAAUUCGGAAGCAUCUGGAAAUAUCAUUCUAAUCCAAUCUUUUAUACAGCGUUAGUAUUUUUUGUCUUGUUUUUUUCUAGGUUUACCAAAAUAAUGCGCCUACAUUAAUGCAACAUUGUUUUAGCGCUAGGUAAGAAAAGGGUCUGUUUCAUAACCAUGAUCCCCUCCACCUUGAAACUGUAAUAGGGGCAGAUUUAUGAAAUUGGUGCACUUGUGCACAUUAGUGCAAACAAGAGACGCUAUCCCUUAGGUGCCAAUUAGCUUGUAAUUACAUUUUUGUAAAACAGUUUAAAAAUGUAAAUCACGGUUCUGAUUGCUGGUUGCUAUGGACUAAUGGAUAACAGACUUGGCUUGCACUUACCUGUCACCCGACCCCUUUUUCCUGAGUGUCCACCGCUGGAAUUGGGUUGGCUUUCCAGGGUCAUUGCCCUUGUACAAAAGUGAGAGCAACAAAUAAAAGGCCUUUUAUAAAUUGUUCUGUCUUGUUUUGAUAAAAGUCAUCUUUUUUAUGUCA